CGCUAACACGCGAACCCCCCCGGCCCGCGCGUUGCAGUUAGGUUCCCUUGCCUCUAAUCAAUCAAUGACGCUCUCUGCUACAACAUCUGCCAGAUUUUCCAUCACUAGACCACACCCGAACUUCCGUUGACACUAUGGCAUGGCUCGUCUUGGGAAACCUUCCAAAUCAAUAGUUACCUCAGCACCAGAGAGUGACUAUGGAUCAGACAUUGACACAGAUACCGAGAUACAGAUAGCGCCACUGUUGGUGGGGACAGUUGCUGAUUCAGAAACACCUUUGGUACUCGAGAGUAUCGAGCAAGAUGCAGGCAUCGAGAAUGUUCAUCCGGUCGCACAUGUGCCGAAGCCCUCUUCACAGAAGACUGAGGCUGAACUGGAAAGAGAGCUCAAGAAAUAUCUCGAGGAAAGAGAGGAGCGGAGACAGCGCUCGGUUGUGGUCGAGUACAGCGAGCCAUCACGAACAGCUUGGUCCGCGUUUAGUGGCGCAAGACGACCAUCCACUGCGCUCGCCACCCUUAGACCCAGGGGCUGAGCCUGCCCUAGAGAAUGAUUCGCGAUCACCUCUUGAGCGCUUCCGAACAAAGCCCAAGAAACCUCUCUCGGUUACAGACCUCAUCUCUCCGGCUUGGUGCGAACUCCAAUACUGGUACACUCUCACCAAGCAUGGAAGGAAGCGGCGGACACCCGCGAUGAAGCAAGGCAGUGCUGUGCACAAGAAGCUAGAAGAGGAAGUACACGAGGCCGUCGAAGUCAAUGUCACUACAAAAGAAGACAUGUGGGCACUCAAGAUCUGGAAUGUGAUACAAGGUCUACGAACUUUACGUAUUACUGGCAUGACACGAGAGAUGGAAAUAUGGGGUGUUAUCGACGGACAAGUUGUCAACGGUAUUAUUGACGAGCUAUCCUACCGUGCCCCUCUAGAGACGGUUGAAGGAGAAGAGACAAUCGAGGCUAUACCCGAAGAUGGCGUAGACGGCAAUACCUCUUCAGGCAAAGUCCUCCUCGGCGGCGACCCCUACCAACGGCUCACUAUCAAUGACUUCUUUAGGACCCAAGGUGCAGUUGUCCUCGGUGAAGACCCAACGGGCCCUUCACCAUGGCUCGGCUCCGACACAGUCCCCCAGAAGCAAGUUCACAUCACAGACGUCAAAACACGCGGCGCCCGUACUCUUCCCCAAGGUGCGGCUCUUCGUCCAACCAAGAUGCAGCUCUUUCUCUAUCACCAUAUCCUCUCAACCCUCGCCACCAAUUCUGUCGAUCCGGCAACGCUGUUCGCUCGCUACUCCGUCAACCCAGCUGUACCCUUCACAGAUGGCUUCAUUGCGCAGGUUGGCGCGCUCGACUUCAACUUCCGCGAAGAGAGCGUCGACUCCAGCGAUCCGCCAUUUGAAUCCGCUGAAGACUCUGUUUCCGAGUUGCUGGAGCACAAUUCUCUCACGCAACUAUGGGCUCUCAUGAUCAACGAGUACAAGCGUGCCAUACCCCUGCUAACGCCCACGUCAGCAGCUAUCUCGCCGCUCGUCAAAGCCGAGUUUCGCCGUGCAUGGGACGGCACUGUGCUGGGUAGCAAGGUGUUUCGGUACGAUCAAGAGGAGCUCGACGCGUAUGUAGGGAAGGAGAUGAGUUGGUGGAAGGGCGAACGUGAGGCUGUGGGUGUAGAUAUUGAAGAGGCGUACAAGUGUGGUAUGUGCGAGUUUGCCGAAGAGUGCGAUUGGCGGAAGCAGAAGGUAGUCGAGGUUGUGGAGAAAGUAAAGUUGAGAAAGAGAGGGAGACCACGGAAGAGCGGGGUCUGAGCGAGAUCUGAGCGAGAAGCUGCAUAUUCGCGAAUAUAUCUACGCGGCAUAACGAGUAUGAAUGUACAUACGUGGACAGCAUAGAGAUGUAAAUACUUGAGACAUAUACUACAGUUCUACCAAGCAGUUGG